GCGGAUCUGGGGCUAGUUCACCACUCUGUUAGACUGUUUUGUAGAAUGGCGCAGGGGGUGGGGGUGUUGGAUACUGCGACUGUGAAACAGAUCAAAAGGAACCAAUUCACUCCAAGUUACAUCCCCGGCCAGAGAAACUUCAAAGGAGCAAAGGUGUGGAGCAGCACCAGUUGACACCUGGAGGAAAUAAACGAAAAUGAACAGUGUCCGGGGAUGGGGGUGUGGGUUAAAAAAAAGGGCCACAGUGCCACAGACAAGCACGAGCCACAAGGGUAAAAUCGGUUGCAGCGGUGCACAGCUAAUCAGUCUCAUCCAAGAACACUUUGGGGAUAAAAUGGAAUUACUAGUGGAUUCUGUAUUCUUUAGGGGGCAAGAGCUAUCGGUCCCGAAAUUGGGAUUGCCUGCAUGCUGCAAAGAAAAGAAACACGAAACUACAGCAGAGACCCCAAAAGAUACUUGCUCCUUCUCCCCUGAGGUGACAUCUGGCUGCAUAGGGGGUAUGGAUGGACAGAGGAAGAGGAGAAGGACCAUCUUCAGCCGAUUGCAGCUCUCCGAACUGGAAAAGGUGUUUUCGGUUAACCCUUAUCCCGACAUCUGUACUAGGGAGAGGCUGGCAGAACUCACAGGGCUCCCAGAAUCCAAAGUCCAGGUAUGGUUUCAAAAUCGUCGCGCAAGAAGUAUUAAGAGUGGGAAACUGAUUACACGUUCUGCAUCUAAAAGAUCUUCACCAAGGCAGCACACAGGAACCUGCUACCCAUCACCACCACCAGGAGAAUCUCCAGCCAGCAGCCCCAGUUUGUAUAGUUCCACUCAGUGGUUGUUCAGUGAGACAGCUGUCCUCGGCAGUCAUCAGGAGCCUAAAGUCAAUCUUUCCAAGUGUUCCACAGAGCAGUUGAACUACACCCCUCCACUCACCAUAACUCCCCAUGACCACACCUCCAAAAGAGAUGGCUUUUGGUACAGCACCCAUCCUUUGGCACAGCAUCAGAACUGGUCUGAAUGGGCCCAUUAUAACCAUUUCCCAAACUAUGUGAACUGCACAGAAGAGCAGGAACAUGCAUUUGACUUUGGCCUUCAGAAUGCUGUUUAUGGUAAAAUCCCUGAUACAGUACUCCCUGCGGAACCUUGGGACACUGUCAAGGAGGCCACACCAGACGACAGACAACAAACCUCUCUGAGUUAUAUCUCUGAGCUUAUCUACAGCGCAGCCCUUGUGGCUAAUCUUGAUGAUCCAUUGUCCCUGUAGAUGGUGAUUCAGUGAGAAGACUUAAGCAAAGGAACAUGACAGGACUAUUGUGAGGAGUUAAGUAAAUGAACAAGUCCAAGAAAUGCUGUUUGUUCUAAUGAGUUAGCAGUAAAUGUGUAUUGUAGUUGACCAGAAUCUUUCUGAUAUCCAACAAUAAUAUUAAAGUACACAUUAUUUACAUUCUCAUUCUAUUUUUGAAGUGAACAGUUGCAUUCAGCAGAAAUAAGUAUGUCUUAAGAGAGAGAUCAAAUAAAUGCAAUCUAAGUACAGUAACUGUUAUCAUUGUAUUUAAGACAGAUUCUCAACAGUGAAUGAAAGUAGUGCAACAUAUAUGUUGGCAUGGAGGCCUAUUGCACCUGGAUAGUUCACGUAAGUGACAUAGGGCCUAGAUGAUGAACUGCAAUGUUUUCACCAUUAAUUUUACUUCUGUGCAAAAAAGUGGUACCAAAUGAUAAACCCUUUCCUGUAGUAUGUGUGACUUGACAAUAUUUCAGAAUCCAUGCAUUCUUAAAACAUUAUUUUUUAUUCCCAUCUCAAACUACUGAUCAUCACGGAGUGCAGAAAUGGAAGAACUUUUAAGUUAAUGUGCUAAUUCAUUUCACUAUGUAAUGUUCUGUGACAACAUUGAGUGUAGAUGCACAUAUCGCAGACAUAAUAUAAUCCAGGCAUAUAACCAAUGUAAGUUUAUAUAUAUUCAUAUUUUAAACUACAUACAAAACUACAAUGUUCUAUAUACCAGGGUUUAACUAGCAUCAGCAUUAGCAGAUUUCAUUUUACUACCUAGGGAUUUUUUAUUUUUUUGUCAGUUGAAGGGCAGCUGCAAGAGGCAAGUAAUGUCUUUUGUCAAUGACCAGCUUAUUUUUGUUUCUUAAACCUCUUUCACCCUUAAAAUGGAUAGCCUUUCUCUAUAACCCAUCAUCAAUAGAGAACAGGGUAUCACAGGACUCUUUGCUGGGCAGAAUGGAGGUCUAGGACAUAAAAUUGCAAACAUUUUCAACAAGCCUCAUUUUGCAACUACUAAUUUCCUGUGGCAUUGAUCUCACAGUUCUCACGGUAUUAUUUUCCCCAAAGCCAACCCACACAUAUCACUAUUAGCAAAGGAAAAUGAAGCAUUAUUGUUUAGUCCAUUAUUUGAGAAUGGCAUUCUCAUCAUCCUUUCCUAGGUCCAGCUUAUCUUUUCAUAAACCUUCACAGCUUUCCACAAAGAAUAUAACUGCACUACUCACAGAAUGUUAGUGGUGCCAUGCAGUGAGAAAUAUAAACAGAAAUGCUCAAAAAUAGACCUGCCAUAACACUGGAGACUCUGCUCUAGGAUGCAGAUUAGCUUUUAUUGGCAAUCAUCCAGGAAACAGACCUGCAAAGUCAUCUAGAAAUAUUAAUACGAUAGAAUGUUACAUUUCUUUCAAAUGUAACAUUAGUUUUGUUUUGAAGUA